AUGCCGCAGCAUCACCCGACACCCGGUGAGCUGCAGCCGACCCCGGACCAUGAGCUGAUAACCGCGCACACCACCUACAAGAAGGCACCCAAGUGGUCCUUCCCGGGGAGGUUGUCAGGAGUCAAGCCAUCAGGCACCGAGGUCGGUCAUUACUCCUCCGACGACCCACAUCGUGACAUCAAUGGCCGCUACAAACGCGACCCUUCCUGGAGCAUGCGCUCUCCGAAGGACAACAGGAAUUCCAGGAAGACCUCCAAGGAUGAGGAUAAGACUGAGUCAGCUUCGGCAGAAGAUGCAGCAAGAGUCAUCCAAAGUUGCUGGAGAAAGACCGCAGGUUCCACAAGGAAGACAGAUGGCCCAAGUCCGAGAGCAUCUCGGGACUCGGACAGGCCGUUUUACACCCACACCCUGGGUCUUACAUAUGUAUCAUCGACGCAGAGGAGGAUGGAGGAGGAGGGUAAAACGACUGCAGAGAAGAUCUUCGUGACGCUGAGUGAUCCUGGUAGCUCUUCCGCUGCCCAGAUCGUGUCAAUUGUGAUCGUCGCUUUCACGGUGGCUUCCAUUUGCGGCUUUGUGCUGGAAACGGACCGGCUCUUUUACGAGAUGAAUCCGGAGCUGUGGCCGCUUGUAGAGGUGAUAUGCACGGUCGUCUUCACUGUGGAGUAUCUAACGCUGGCACUCACCUGUCGCUUUGCGGGUGUUCCAGUAGUGAGCUUCAUCCUGGCACCUAGCAGCGUUGCAGAUCUCGUGGCUCUACUCCCUUUCUAUGUAGAGGUCGUUCUGCGAAAUGCUGGGUUCACCAAUACCGCCGUGCUUAAGUCCUUCAAGGUGGUCCGACUAAUUCGAGUUCUUCGUGUUUUCAAACUAGGCCGCUACGCCGCCGGCUUGCAGAUAAUGUGGAAGGCCGUGGUGGACUCAAGACAGGCGAUCUCUGUCUUGUUUUUUCUCUUAGGAAUUGGCGUCGUGAUGUUUUCCAGCACUAUUUUCUAUUUGGAGAGGCUCAGCUGUCCUCUUCGCGAUGAGUUUAAUGCUACGGAGCUGAUCGUGUACCUAGCGGAGUGCAAUGACACUUACAAUCGCGGUGUAUCCCCAUCUCAUGGCCUGUGCUGCUCAGAGGACAAUUCGCCCUUGGACUUCCCCAGCAUCGUCAACGCAUGUUGGUGGGCGGUUGUCACGUUGACCUCGCUAGGCUAUGGUGACCUGUAUCCGAAGACGGUACAGGGCAAAUGCGUAGGAAUGAUGGCGAUGAUAGCAGGGUUGCUGCUCAUCGCACUCCCCAUUGCCAUCAUCAGCCAGAAAUUCCAGGACAUUUAUGAGGCCAACGACAAGGAAGAUGCAAAGAAUCGUGCGGCUCAGAGGAUGAAAGGCGCCCCGCAUGAGACCUGGACGCUUAUCCCUGGAUCAGAUGUAGUACGAAGACUGAAGGCCCUGCCCAUCAAGGAUGACCAAGCCCGAGCUGCAACGCAGCAGAUGGUGAAGUGUCUGGAGGAGAUGUGGGAGCGACGAGAAGCUCUGGGACGAGAGCGGAAGUAUGCGCUCUCACAGACGAACCGCUUUCACAAGGCCUUCGACAAGUUGCUGGUGGCCAUGAUGUCUGAAAACUCGCGGAGAAGUGGAUCCUGGAUGGGUCCGUGGGGCCUGGACCGGCAGCUUAUGUACCCAACCAUGGAGCCGGCGGCCAAGGGGCCCUGGGAGGAUCUGGAGCUUGCAGGUCGUUCAGAGGGGCUCGCCGGCCUACUCGACGGCUGGUCGGGGCAAGGACAAAUCGCGUUCGAUGGGACCUGGCCCCGGUCACUAUGGCCCUCCGCGAAGCACAUUGAGGGGCAAAGUCGGAAGGCCAAAGGGUGGGGCGAUUCUCCGAAUUUGCGACCCAAGAGCGCUCCGUUUGACGACGGCAACGGCCGAAGUCCAGGUCCCAACUACAUGCCUGGAGAGGGACCUCAUGGACCGCGCUACAGCAUGGGAGCUCGACGGGAGGCUGCCAAGCUCAUGCUGGGCAGAUUGCCAGGACCAAGGACUCAGUUUGGCUACUGA